UCCCCAGUCCCUCGGCUUUCCACCAUGGACCAGGAUUACGAGAGACGUCUCCUACGCCAAAUCAACAUACAGAAUGAAAACACAAUGCCUUGCGUAGCAGAGAUGAGAAGAACCCUGACACCUUCCAAUUCUCCGAUGUCUUCUCCUAGUAAGCAUGGUGACAGAUUCAUUCCCUCAAGAGCUGGGGCCAACUGGAGCAUCAACUUCCACAGAAUAAAUGAAAACGAAAAAUCACCAAGUCAAAACAGAAAAGCAAAGGAUGCUACAUCGGACAAUGGCAAAGAUGGCCUUGCUUACUCUGCCUUGCUGAAGAACGAACUCUUAGGAGCAGGGAUCGAGAAAGUGCAAGACCCACAGACGGAAGACAGGAGGCUGCAGCCGUCCACCCCGGAGAAGAAGUCUCUCUUCACCUAUUCGCUCAGCACAAAACGCUCCAGUCCAGACGAUGGCAACGAGGUCUCACCGUAUUCCCUGUCUCCUGUCAGCAACAAAAGUCAGAAGCUGCUAAGAUCACCUCGAAAACCCACUCGGAAAAUCUCAAAGAUUCCUUUCAAAGUGCUGGAUGCCCCAGAGCUGCAGGACGACUUCUACCUGAACCUGGUGGACUGGUCCUCUCUUAACGUCCUCAGCGUUGGCCUUGGGACUUGUGUUUAUCUGUGGAGCGCUUGUACUAGCCAGGUAACCCGACUGUGUGAUCUCUCUGUGGAAGGAGAUUCUGUAACAUCCGUGGGCUGGUCAGAACGGGGGAACUUAGUAGCUGUUGGCACUCACAAGGGCUUUGUACAGAUCUGGGAUGCAGCUGCAGGAAAAAAGCUCUCCAUGCUCGAAGGGCACACAGCCAGAGUUGGUGCCUUGGCAUGGAACGCGGACCAGCUGUCUUCUGGGAGUCGAGACAGGAUGAUCCUUCAGAGGGACAUCCGCACCCCACCCCUGCAGUCCGAGCGGCGGCUCCAGGGCCACAGGCAGGAGGUCUGUGGGCUCAAAUGGUCUACGGACCACCAGCUCCUGGCCUCUGGAGGAAAUGAUAAUAAGCUCCUUGUCUGGAAUCACUCCAGCCUGAGUCCUGUCCAACAAUACACAGAGCAUCUUGCGGCAGUAAAAGCUAUCGCCUGGUCUCCACACCAGCACGGACUCCUCGCCUCUGGCGGUGGGACAGCUGACCGCUGCAUACGCUUCUGGAACACGCUCACCGGGCAGCCUUUGCAGUGCAUCGACACUGGGUCGCAAGUGUGCAACCUGGCGUGGUCGAAACACGCCAACGAGCUAGUGAGUACCCACGGAUACUCGCAGAACCAGAUCCUCGUCUGGAAAUACCCCUCGUUAACUCAAGUAGCAAAGCUAACAGGGCACUCGUACCGAGUCUUAUAUCUGGCUAUGUCCCCCGAUGGGGAGGCCAUAGUUACAGGAGCCGGAGAUGAAACCUUGCGCUUCUGGAACGUCUUCAGUAAAACUCGCUCGACAAAGGAGUCUGUAUCCGUUCUCAACCUCUUCACCAGGAUACGAUAA